AUGGUAACAAGAUGGAUAUUACUAUCAAACGAUAAGCCACCAAUUUCAACGCUAUUAGAAAAAUAUUAUGCUAUUAGAUCAGCAGAAUUUAACCCAAAACCGAGGAAUGACGCUAUACCAUCUGUCUGUAAAGUAUUUGAUAAAUUGCCAAAGAUGUGGUCAAUAAUUAAUGAAUCUAUACUUAAAUUUGGUUCCUCCCAGUUAAUGCUAGGUCCAAAGUUAUUCAUGUCUUGUCCUUCUGACUAUCAAAAGUCAGAAAUAUGGUUUACUGAUUUAUGGAAUUAUUCCAUUGCUCCAUAUGUAAUGGAACUUGUUCGCUGGAAAUUGGAAAAUGCACCCGAAGCAAGUCUAGCAGAUUGGAAAUCUCCAUUACAAACUAUAUUGAAUACUGGUAAUUAUCCAUGGCAAAAUAAUAUUAAUCAAGCUAAAGCCAAUCUGAGAGAUAUUACUCCUCACGAUAUCCAACGUGAGCCAAUUCCAAUCAAAAAUGUUAGCGAUACCGAAAAAUCUAACACGAAUAAUUCAGAACAGGAUCUAAUGGCUCUAUUGAAAAGGGUUAUGGAAAUUAAUAGCCCAUAUGCCUCUAGUGAUGAACUGCCACUUGAGUCGAAUAUUUAA